CUUACUAAGCACCAAUGUUGCGAGUGUAACGUUACUUAUUUGUAAUAAUACCAGUAUUAUUCAAUUUUAGGCAAGAUGGGUCGCCGUCCGGCAAGAUGUUACCGUUACUGCAAAAAUAAACCGUACCCGAAGUCUCGGUUCUGUCGUGGUGUGCCAGAUCCCAAGAUCCGUAUCUUCGACCUUGGUCGUAAGAAGGCUCGAGUCGAUGAGUUUCCCCUUUGUAUCCACCUCAUCUCCAAGGAGUUCGAGCAGAUCUCCUCCGAGGCACUGGAAGCUGGUCGUAUCUGCGCCAACAAGUAUCUGGUGAAGACGUGCGGCAAGGACGCUUUCCAUUUGCGAAUGCGGCUGCAUCCCUUCCACGUAAUCCGGAUCAACAAAAUGUUGUCCUGCGCUGGAGCCGAUAGGCUCCAAACCGGAAUGCGUGGUGCCUUCGGAAAGCCGCAGGGCACCGUGGCUCGGGUGCACAUUGGGCAGAAGAUCAUGUCCGUGCGUGCCAAGGAGCAGCACAAGGAGAACGUCAUCGAGGCCCUGCGUAGGGCGAAGUUCAAGUUCCCCGGUCGUCAGAAGGUUUGUGGGUCCAAGAAGUGGGGCUUCACAAAGUGGGAGGUCCCCGAGUACGAGGCCAUGCGUGCGGACGGACGCCUGAAGCCCGACGGAGCCUACUGCCACUACUACAGCGGGCACGGUCCCCUGCACCGAUGGAAGAAGAUCCAGAAGGAGCUGCACGGCUUGGAAUAAGGGCUCAAUAAACCUGCCUGUGUUGAUACCUGA